GAGACCGGUUUAAUAGUCCUUCCCCUUUCGAUUCGAAGUUUUGGUUUCAUCUCAUUUGCCCAAAUCGAAGCGAAGGUCUCUCAUCAAUGGCGAAAUCAGUGUCGACGGCGGCUUCCUCGCUUGUGCAAAACCUUAGGCGGUACAUCAAAAAGCCAUGGCAGAUCACCGGACCUUGCGCUCACCCAGAAUACCUCGAAGCUGUUCCCAAGGCGACGGAGUAUCGUCUCCGAUGCCCCGCUACGAUUGGUGAAGAGGCGAUCGUGCCCUGCUCGGAUCCAGAUACCGUAUACAACAUCGUAUACCACGGCAGAGAUCAGCGCAGAAACCGCCCACCGAUCCGGCGAUACAUAUUGAAGAAAGACAACGUGGUUCAGAUGAUGAAUGAGAAGAAGACUUUCGAUGUCUCGGACUUCCCUAAGGUUUACUUGACUACCACAGUCGAGGAGGAUUUGGACACGCGUGGUGGAGGCUACCAGAAAUAAACAGGUUUUUGCUCAUCUCGUCUUUCUCCUGUAACCUACCGAUGGGCGAAAGACUGCGGGUGACAUUUCUCUACCGACAAAAAAUCUCUCCCUUGUUUGAUUUAUUCAAUAAGAUAUCUAGUAGCUUUAUGAACUACAAAACACUUCAUUUUCCUUCACAAGAACCAGAUUGUUGUUCAGUUGUAUUCCUUAUGUUUAUGAUGAACCCGUGAUUGUUUCAAGUCUGAGUGAUUUAGAAAUGGUUAAUAAUGUAAUACAAAGAGA